AUGAAGCGAGGAACGGGUCGAGAUUCCAGUGGAGACGCCGCUCUGCGCGAACUCGAGCGCGCGUUGGACGCGUUCAUGGCUACACAUGUCACCACUGCAGCCAACUUCUUAGCCACCAAGAGCGGAGACGAAUGUAGCCAUUUGUUCGAAGACGAAGUUACUAUCGAUCAAGACCCAAUUUCAUCCGGAAUGACCCAUUUCCAGCUAGAUUUAAGACGUGUACAAUGUAUAAGCUCUGUGAUGGCUACUCGUCGAGGACCUGCGCGUGUUGUGAGCAUGGGAAGGCUUUUACUAUCAUGGCUACAAACUGUCGAGAGCUCCAGUGCUGCUGCAGCAGCGUCAACUGCCACAGCGUUACCUCCAUCGGCAGCAGAAACAGCUCGAGCAGCAGAACACGCCCAACAGCAGUCGCCAAUUGACCCCGUGGCUUCGUGGCUGGUGGCAACGCUACUCAAAAUCUCCUUUCUAGCUCCUCAAAUGGGUACAAACGCUGACUUCAACUCUACGGAACGUGCUGCAGUGGACGAAUUGAUCAAUAUCGUUGUGAGUCGCUGUUUAUUAUCCUUCCAACGAUCAUGGCAAGCAGACGAAGAGACUCAUCGUCGAUUAAGAGCGGAAAGCUCUGGGAAUUUGUUCUCCUAUUUAACGAUGCGGAAGGCUAAACCCAAGACGCCAAGCGCGCCUGGAGCUCCCAGUGCUGUAGCCAUCUGCUUAACUUGCAUUACGGAAGCUGGCCUCAUUUGGGGCCACGUUUUGGGUCUUGCAGCGUGUUUAGCACCCGAUGUGGCUCGUAUCAAGCUCCAGAAUGAGAUCUUCACGCGAAGUACGCUUUGGAACGCCACAAAACCAUGGGGAGACAUCACGCAGCACCCAUUUCUGAAAUACUUGACCCAUAUUCGCCUCGGUUUGGCUCCAACCAAGACUAAUCCCAGUCUCACGUUAACAUCUAGGAUGUCGGACGCUGCGAGAUGGCUACGUCUAGUGAUGCCAUUGCUGCUAAAACCUCAUCGCUCUCACGUGCGUAGUGCCUGUGCGCAUCUGAUCUCCCAGAUGCUCCUAAGAGAGCUCUUUUCUCUCAAUCGACUGGAACUCAGCGUGGUUUACACGUCAACGGGCAGCGAUUGGAGUCGCUGUAUCAGCGAUCUCCAUGCCGCAGCUCUUCGACUAACCGACAGCGCUAAAAAGAAGAGUCGAGGGCGGUCUCAACAGCAUUUUGAGGCUUCCGCUUGGGCGCUACGGACUGUCGUGUUAGCUCUCGCUCCAGGGGAGAUUUUCACGCGAUAUUGGCGAGAAGAUGCGCUCGCGUUGUUGAGACUGCAGUAUCAUUUGAACCAAGACGCUAGUGCUAACGGAGCGACGUCAUACAACGUACUGCCCAGUCUGGAAUUGAGCUUCACGUACAUGAUGCAUCGCCAUUUCUUACUACGAGACUCGGGCGCGAUCACGGCUGGAGCGCCAUCAGAUGCUGACUGCAUGGAGAUCAUCAACACGACGCAAGCGUGGGGAUUCUUCUCGUUGCCACGUUUAAAACCGCAGCAUUCGAGUGGCACUGGCAGCAGUAGCUUCACUGCACUCAAGACGAUCGCGUUGCCUGCUUUAGUGCAUGUAUCACGAGCCAUGGCCGCGUACAACAUGACGUACACUGUGCAGAGCCAUUUACGACGUUUACUAGCGGAAUCUGUAGGCGUCGGAGAUCCCCAGAAGCUCGUGGGGCUUGAAGCCCUCGCAGACUUACUCUCUCUAUCUCAAAGUGAUGAUAGUACCGUAACCUUUCAAGUGAACCACAACGACCUGGUCGCUAGUAAACAAAUGAUCGGAGAACUCGUUGGCCGCGUCCUGUUGGAAUGCAGUACACGGAUCGGUCAUAAACUGCUUACAGAGAUCCCCGUGGCGGUAGCGAACAAGGAGAAACUGCAGCUAGUUGAUGACGAAGACGGUGACGACGAAGAGCAUUGGAAGAAUCCCACAAAUGCAGUUGCAGUGGCGACUUUUGCAUCGGCGUUGAGUCUGAUGCCGGCUUUGUACGCGUAUAUAUCGCUCAGUAACGAGCAGAAGUUGCUGCUGCUUGUGCGUACCAGUGUGAAUGCCGAACGAGUGGUGCGUCGUCGUGCUCAUGAGGCGCUUCUGGCACUGAUUGGGCCUCAGAAACCUCAUUCGACGGAGCCUUUACCUCCUGGUGCUGGGGUGGUCAUUCGAGCAUUGACCGACUGCAUUAUGCGGAUGCAUGUGAGCAGCACGACGGCAGUAAGCGACGCAGGUGGAGCCAUUAUCAUCUUACGACUGCUGAGUUUACUACUGGAGCCAUCUCGAGCAGCAGUGACGCGGUGGGAAAGCCCUCGAGCCAGAUAUGAGGCGUUGAUCCAGGUUGAAGCCAUCUCCGUGUACCUUCUUGCUCGUGGAGAUGACAACAUUGAAGCCGAGCAAUUGCUGCGACUGGCAGCGUUAGAGACUCUCCAAGUCGCGCAUGACGCGCGGUUACGGUGUUCGGAGUCUGCACUUAGAGACUCGAUACAGUUCCCCCUAGUUGACCGUCCAAGUGUAUGGACGCUUCUGAACGAGCUGGAUCCAGAGCUCCAGACGGCGUUCUUCACCUUCAAACAGGUAAAGGCGUCUACAGACAAGCUCUCGGCGCUUCGUCGCUUGAUCUUCGACACGUCCGAGCGUCACAGUUUCCGCUGGUCUUUGGGUCUCGCCCGUAUCUUCCGAACGCUAACACGACGAGCGCCGGAUGUGACGGCGUACAUUUGGGCCGAUGUAGCGGAUAAAGUUGCCAAACUUGAGCCUGUUUUAUGCGUGACUUUUAUGCCGGAUUCCCCGCAGAAUCAACGAGAACUCGCGCGAUGGAGGAAUCUCGCCUUGCUGUCCACUGUCUCGGCCUGUCAAAUGCUACAGACACAGACUCGCAAGACCGAAGCGUCUUCUUUUUCGGAGAAUUCAUCCGAGCCGCCCAGUGUUGCGCCGUCCACGAUGGUGGCUACACUGGUACGUCAACUGGCGUGUUAUCUGCGUAGUGCUAACGUCGGACAACGCAAUGCCGCAGUGUUCGUCUUGGGGCAUUCUGGGUCGGUAGCACUAUCCACAAUGUUGGAUGUACUAGGACGACUUGAAGCGGAAGCGUUUACUGCGCCAAGUACUGGAGAACAAGAAGCUUCAGACAACAAUUUACCGCAGAAUACGAUACGUGGACGCAGUGUUAGAACCAUGAAGCUCCCGAAGAAAAAGAUGCUCGAGUUACAACACGCUCGGGUGACACAACUCACUCUGCAGUGGGCAAUUGGUCGAUGCUACCGUCUUCUAUUGGAGCCACGGACACGUGAACAGAACGAGAGUGAAGAGUUCGAGUCUGGAAGUCCCAUGAACGAGCGUCUGCGUCGUGCUGCGUCGGCAUUUCUAGCCAAGAUGAUGGCUACAUUCGAGGACUCCACAGCUUCUAAUCCUGUGCUUCUGAUGGUACAACUCGACUUUGUCGCCAGUUUACGGUCCUUGUUACUACAUUCCAACGCUGCGUCACAGCCAGUACUACAGUUACCGCACGAUAAGCUCGCAGCACUCUUACUCACGUGGUGUGGAUCAUUCGACAGGGACCUCGCUGACAGAUCGUUGAUAGGGAUUCUCCAAUGCGGCUUCGUGUCUCCAACAGCACGUGGCGAUCUCUAUUCGCACUGGACGCAGCAAUGCGAUGUCUUCUCUGCUCGUGAUGGGAGCGUCCUCUAUCCUUGGAUAUGGGUCGAUAACCAGCAUCAACUUCUUGGGUCUACAAGUGACGCAUGCGCUGCAUCGCGGCUUGUAGCUCAGUACGUUCUUUGCCAUCGCGCCUUCUCCACAUUAGCGGAUUUGUUACGCAGCAGUCUCCAGUCACCCAACGGCAACGGGACUUGGGACGGCGAGAGUGUCGUAACGUGGCUGGAUGCGAGUUUCAGCGUGGAUAGCGCCGCGUUUCAGCAUUUCAACGAUCUCCACCACUUCGCCCAACGAGCUUUACACGCACUACUGGAACUGCGACCUGGCAGCGCUCGCUUCAACCACAUAGUCAAGCGAAGUCUUGAUAAAGCGUCUAGUGCGGCACACGCGGAGCUUCCAGUUGCGCGCCAGUAUCUACAAGCCCUUGGCGCGUCCAGUGACGUCAUGAGCUACUUCCGUUCUCUUCUUCAUCGUCUACAAGAACGACACGACACUCAAGACAAAGACGAGUUGUAUCUCGCUGUACGUCUUCUCCACGUAUUGUUACUUCACGUUGGUAUUCAGCACGAUGACAAGGUGAUGCAACAUCGUCAAGUGGCGCUAGAUAUGGUAGCGGCGCUCGUCUGCGAGCCCGAACUCAACAGCGAAGACGACGAGUCUGCAGCCACUCGCUGGGGACUGCAAGGUUACUACAGUCCCAGUCUUGACGGCCUCGUCGCUGGACGACUGCAAGUGAGUGUGUCAGCUCUACUAGCGUCUCGGUUUUCUGUGCUAAGUCUGCGUGUCAGUCUCGCAAUUCUCCGCUCCAUGCCGACUAAACCUCUGCAGAACCGAGAAGAGAUCGCGCAGCAGCGACAGAUGCUUGCUGCGGUGCUGCCGUGGCUCGCUGAAGUGUCUUUGAAAGAGCCCAAAGCGUCCGCCACCAGACCAGAAGAGCUGCUCGAGUUGCUGUUUAACCUCACAGCUGUCCUGGCCGAUUCCUGUGGAGAACAACUCGAUCAUAUCUGGCUGACGUUGGCGUUCGCAAGUACCGGGGAAGACGCGAAUCUCCGUGAAAUCGUCAGCUUUUUGUUCCGACAACGCACGAAUCAACUUCCGUCGGAGACUGCAAAGACCGUCAUGUGGUGGCUCUGUCGAUGGCAAGACGCAGCGUCGGAUGUGCUGCGUUUACUGCUACUUCAGCCUCUCAAGCGCAGAGAAGCUGAUACUGAAGCUGCGACUGCGUUGGACGAGUUGGGAGCUCUCGUCACGUUGGCUAGCGACACCAGUUGCCACCUUCAAACGUCCUUCAGCGACGUGCGAACGUUGGCUGUUCACUUGGUGCAUUUGUCGCUCACGACGCUGUUUGCAGUCCUGGAGAACGAUACAAUCGACGAGAAGGUGUCACGCAGUAUUCGACAGCAUUGCCACGUUCUUCUGCACUCCACGCUGCCUCUUCUAGAAGCUCCUCGAGGUCUCCUCGCAGCAGCUUUGCGUCUGAUUCAAACGUCGACGUUGAUUGUCAAUGCUGAAGCGAAAAACACGCAGCUUGAAGCUUUUCUCGAGGCUCUGCGAGCUCUUGCGGCGUGCUUGUCAACCAGCGAAUCUCAGAUCUGGAGCGACUUGUGCGUGCAGGAGAUCGCUCUGUCGAUUUCCCCCGACACUUCGUCGCCAUUCGAGAGCUUGGAUACGAUACCAAAGUCCUCGCCACACGAAGUUUGUGUGCGCUUCGCCUUGGUGGCCUACACGCAGCUAUCUCCUCGCUUCCAAGGCGACAUUCUCCUCUCUGUCCUCACAUUACUACGACAAACGUUGACGGUGGGAAUAGACGAAAGGAAGUCGCGAUCGGUGUCGUUAGCUCGAGAGUGUCUCGCUCUCCUGGCGAUGCUGCUGCGAACCAUGCCAGUGUCCAGACUGGCGCUGUAUCCUCAAGUGUUCUGGGUCUCGCUAGCUCUGCUCACACAUUGUCGGCAACAGAGAGACAACUCGUCCGGCUCGAGCUCCUCACUACACGACGGAGCGUUGGAACUUCUGUCCAUUAUCUGGAGUCGCACCCCGUUCACGAGUCACUCGAUGGUGCUGGAUGUGAUCCAGUGUACACGUCCGGGUCAACGGGCACGCAACAGUGCGCACAACUCCGUCUUGAUGGAAGUUGUGCGCUGUGUAUACGCAGACGACAGCGUCGCCAGUCGAGCUCGAGCGAUGGACAUGAUGAGGAAGGCUGUACUGCUAGUUCCUCGCUCUCUUCUUGGGGUUUCGAGUCGUGAACAUCUCGUCACCUGUACACUCGCUCUGCUGCCGGCGUUGAUGGCUCCGUCGAAUGAAGAGCAGGAAGUCCGGGAAGACCUGGUCGUCCUGUGGCAGAGUGCAGCUUCUUCAAGUGAUGACAUCGUGGAGUUUCUCCAGACACGGGACGGUAUCCAAGCCUCCGACUUUAUCAAGGUAUUCGUGCCUGCGCUUUACGCUUUGGAGCUGACUGGGAGCUCGUUUGACGGGUUGAAACUGAGUCUGGACGUCCUUGUAGCGUGCUUGCCGUUGCCUCAAAGGAGCGAAGCCAUCCGUACCGACUCGACAGCUACCGAUCUGAACGACGAACGCUGCGACUUUGUGUUCGUUCUGCUUGAAGAACUGCUUCAAGAUGUCUUGAGACGCAAGGAACGAGUGUGGAGACCUGCGCCAGAACUGGAAGCCACACUGGCGAGACUUCUUCGCAGUCCGAGAAGCGAACGUCAGUGGAGAUUGUCCAUGCGAGUGCUGAGUUGGGUAGCGGAGAUUGCCAAAGUAGCGGCCACGACGGGAUCGCUGGUGACUCCGUUGCCCACCAACAGAAGAAACUCAAACGCCUCCGAGUUAUCGACAGCUCUUGGACGCAUUGCAGAGUCGGAGGACGAUCAACUACAUGUAGAGGCAAAGACACUGAAGAAGCCGCCACUUCUGCGAGUCGCAUCUCCACGCACUCAAAGCAGUGGCAGCAACAGCAAGAAAUCCAUCAACGAACGACUUAGCAACAACGAAGUGCCAAGGUCUCGCGAACCUUCUUCAAAAGAAGAAGACCAUAGUCCAUCCACGGAAAUUGAGUACACAACCGACACUUAA